AUGGGCUCGGACAGCGACCUUGAUCUAGAAAAAAUUCUGAAUACCGUCAUUGACCCCAGUCGUGAAGUAAAGGCGCCCAACUUUGACGACGACUUUGUCGCAUUAAACAUGGCUAACGACGGUAGCAACACUUCCCUUCAGAAGAAUGAUAUGACGACAGCUUAG